AUGGCUAUCACAAGUAACCACGACGCCUCCAAGCCCGCCCGGCGAGGAUGGCCCUUCUGGAUCGUAUUCCUCGCGCUUUGCCUCUGCUUGCUACUAACAGGGCUUGAUCUUGCGUCGGUCGGCACUGCACUACCUGUCAUUACAAGGUCUUUGGGAGGCAAUGCCUCCUUCGCUUGGGUGUCCUCAGCGUACACAUUAUCUGCUACGGCGGUGCUGCCCUUAUCAGGUCGACUCUCCGAGUUAUUUGGGCGUAGAGACGUUCUGUUCGUCUUCAUCAUUUUCUUCACCGUCGGCUCUGUCAUUUGUGCUCGAGCACAAACGAUGGGGACUCUCAUCGCAGGAAGAACGCUUCAGGGAGUUGGCAACGGAGGCAUUCAGUCAUUAACGUCCAUUGUUGUGGCUGACCUGAUGACCCUGCAAGAGCGAGGAAUGUUCAACGCCCUCCUUGGAAUAGCCUUUACAACGGCAAGUCUGAUCGGCCCGUUCAUCGCUGGCGCUAUCGCGCAAGAAACUACAUGGAGAUGGUUAGUCGCUAUCCAUAAUCCCGAGUAUAUGAACCUCCCGCUUUGCGCAAUCGCGUUGUCUGUCGUGUUUGUGUUCCUCUGUCUUAAGAAGCCCGAGAUUGGAAGCGCCUCAGAGACGUUCGCCGCAAUGGAUAUACCGGGUAAUAUGCUGAUAGUAGCCAGCACCACGGUCUGCAUCAUUGCAUUGACUUGGGCCGGCGCGACUCAUCCUUGGACAUCGGCAUCCGUGCUUGCACCACUAAUUUUGGGCUUACUUGGUCUCGCAGGAGCCUUCGUGUACAAACUUACGAUAUCCUCUCGUCCUUUGAUUCCUCUAGGCAUACUCGAUAAUCGUACAAGUCUCAGCGGGUACGCCGCGCUCAUCCUGCAUCUAAUAUACAGUUCAUUUACCGUCUACAUCAGUUACGUUCAUCCAGCAUACUUCCAAGCCGUCAAAGUCGCAUCACCUUUGCACAGCGGCAUAUUUAUCUUCCCGAUUGUAUGCGUCAUCUCUCCUUCCGCCAUCCUUCAAGGAAUAUUCAUAUCCAAGACGGGAAAAUAUUGGAUGGUCCACCUCAUUGGCUGGAGCUUGAUGCUGGUAGCUCUAGGCCUAUUCACCAUCAUCGAUAGAACAUCCUCCGUUGGGGAAACGGUUCCGAUGCAAAUGAUCAUGGGCAUCAGCUUCGGCUUCCUUUAUGCGACAACCUUCUCUGUCCUUGCACCACUACCCCCAACGCUCAACGCACAAGCGCUUUCAUUCCUCAUGUUCGUCCGGACAUUCUCGCAGUCAUGGGGAAUCGCCAUUGCAGCCAGUGUUCUGCAGAAUGAACUGCUCGCGCGCCUGCCGCUGUCAGCCCUCCGCGACGCGCUUCCAGAUCACUCGUUUUUGCCAGGGAGCGGCGACCUAUCUUACGCCCUCAUUCCUCUCAUCAAGCAACUACACCAGCCGUUGCAGGACGAGGUGCGGGACGCGUUCGCGAAAAGCCUGCGAGUGGUGUGGAUUCUGCUCCUAGCGCUCGCAGGCGCAGGGUGGGUGUGCGUGUGGGGGGUGAAAGAACUGACACUGCAUACGAAGAAAGAUGAAAGAUGGGGGCUGGAUACCAAGGAAGCGGGCAGGGAAGAAACCGACGUGGGGCUGAACGACCUGCAAAGUGCCCGCAAGAACAGCGAGCCGUGA